ACCAUCCAUCCACCAACUCAUUCUCUUCAUCGUUCUCUCUCGAUCUCUCUUCCUAUGUCCAACCAAAUGUUUCCCCAUCAUUUCUUGAUUGAUCCAUUUGUUUAGUAAGAAUUCAAAAAAAAAAAUGGAAACUGGGUCUUUAAGGCUAGGCCUCAUGGCAGUCUUUGCAGUUUCUGGAAGUGUGGUCUUCAUUGCACAUGAAGUCCAUAAACGUCUCCUCUCGGAUUUCAUGAAGAAGAUCGAAUUCGAGCUUGCUGGGAAUGGGAAAUGUCAAGUGAAGAAAAGGGUUCGUUUUGCCGAUGAUGUUCGGGAGCCAUCGUCGAACAACAAAGAAUACAGGAAGAGGAAUCUGAGUGCUUUGGCCAUUGCAAAGCAUGCUAAAGGCAGUGGUGCUGAUAGACGGCAGCUUCUUAAAAUGCCUCUCAAUAGGCAGGUUUUGUAUAAAGGGAUUCUUCAAUGCAAAGCCCAUUGA